GGUGAUCCAUGGGAUUGGGGUUGUAGUGUUGGGAUGAGGUGAUCACUGGGAUUGGGGUUGUAGUGUUGGGAUGAGAUGAUCCCUGGGUGUGGGGUUGUGUUGAGAUGAGAUGGACCCUGGGUUUGGGGUUGUAGUGUUGGGAUGAGAUGAUCCCUGGGAUUGGAGUUGUAAAUGUUAGGAUGAGAUGGCCUCUUGGUUUGGGGUUGUUGUGAGAUGGUCCCUGUAUUUGGGGUUGAAGUGAAAUGACUUCUGGGUUUGAGGUUGUAUUGUUGGUUUAAGGUGGCCCCUGGGAUAUAAUGAAAAUGCAUUAGGCCAGUAUAUUUUUAAAAAAAAUCAUCUUGACUUUUGGACAUCAAACAACCAAAUUAAUUGCAUGGUAAAAAUGAGGAGAUAAAUUUAUCCCAAUAUUGCAUAAAUAAUGACCACCGGGGUGGGGGUAUGUGUUAGGAUGGGUCUCAAAGGUUUCUACAAUGAAAAUACAUAAUUUCUUUAAAUUUUUUUCGUCUCCAUUCCUGGAUGCCUAACAACUAAGCUAACUGCAUAGUAAUAAGGAGCUGGUAGACCUAUCUGAAAAUCAUGGAACUUGUGUUUGGGGUACAACUCUUUAAUACAAGAAACAUUAGAAGGACUUACUUUGCAAUGGCAUGAAGAUUAUUUAUGACCAGAAAAUUUUAUUAUCACCCAAACCAAGGUAAUUUGACAGAGGUCAAUGUAACUGGUAAAAAAAAAAGAAUUGGCCACACUUCUCAGUGGACAGAUAUUGAAUGUUCAUACUAGGCACUUAUAAUAUUCUUACAGUCCAGUUGUAGAUUACUUCCUGUUUGUUUUGCUCAGUGGAUGAAGGUGUCAGAUUGGCUAUCUGUAGAUUAUGCAGCCAGACCCGCAGGAGUUUUCAUUAUUUUCUUAAAGGGACUGGUUCACGAUUUUUGAACAAAAUAUUUUUUUUUAUUUUUGAUGUGAAACAUUAAAAAUAUAACUCAUUUAAUGUUGUCAGCCAAUAUUUUGACCUACUGAAUGCAAGAAUAAAAGCAAUAUUUUAGCCUUAAAUCUGUGUUAUGUAAACAAGGACUUCAGUCUUUUUAUGUAAACAAACAAACAAGUGAAAUAUCAAUUUUGUAAUAUAAAGCAUCUUAAUUCUGCAUAAUCACAAAUUUUAACUUUUAGAUGACACAUUUUACCCGAAGAAUGCUUGAAAUGUGAAAGAUAUAAUAAACUUAGAUCGAUAUCCAUUUCUUCUGCAAAUUUCGUAAACAAUAACAUACCGCAAUCUUUGUUUACAAAACAAAUAAUGAACUCUCUAAAAUGAGCUUCUGUGAUAAUGUAUAACCUUAAUUUUUAUGUGAAAUCAUUUGAACACAUUAGACGGUAGACUCCCGUCAUUAAAGGUGAAAAACAAAAUUUGGGGAAAAAUCGUGAGUCAGUCCCUUUAAUGAUUUUUAAAAUCACUAUUUUUGGACAAAAAGGAAAAAAUUAGAUUUCCCCACCACAGCAUUAUUAACCAUACUCUGUAGUUUUUUAUUUAGAUGUGUUAUGUUUCAUUGAAUUUACUUAAUAUUUAAACCUGAUCAAUAUGGUAGCAGUUGAUAAACCAAGAAGUAACAAUGCAGUUUGUGCUGGAACAGAGGUCCAGCAGGUAAUUUAAUGUGUAAACUAAUAAAAAAAAUUAGCUUUGUUAGCUUCUAUGAGACAUAGACUCAAUUGAUCUUUUCUCAUCAAAAUUGUCCAUCAGUUAGACUCGAUUGAUCUUUUCUCAUCAAAAUUUGUCCAUCAGUUUUUAUCAUUAACCUUUCACAUGUUCAGCCUUCAUUUGUUAACUUGAUAAAGUGUACCCUUGGGUAAAGAAUAUUCAAAUCAAGGUCACAUUUCCUUCCACAGGGAUAUAUAAUUAGGAAAUGGUGAAAAUAGAGUGGGGAGGAGAUUCUUGAUCUCAAGAACCACUUAUCAAAUUUUAUUUGAAGAAUUUAUUCUUCAUGUAGUGUAAAUUCAAGGUUAUUUUCCAAACGUACUCUACAUAGGGCCAUGUGUAAGCUUGAAUGUUUUAACUUUUAGUGUCCCAAACUUAUGAGCCUUUAUUUCUGUAUGAGCAUGGUGGAUUAGCUGAGCAUUACAGCCCAUUGGCCUCUUGCUUUUGAAUGAGAUGCUUGCAGUAUAGCCACAGUAACAUAUACAGCUCUUUGUGGAUCAUCAGUUGAGUUUCCAUUUUCAUGAGAGGACACCUGUAAUAUAUAUUUAUUGAGUUUAUUUUACGAUGCAGUCAAUUUUCAGGUAUCUGCGGUUGUUAAUGUUUAUGGCUCAAAGCAGAGAAAGCCUGGCGCACAAGCCCUUUGCAAAAAAAUGAGAAUAACAAUAAAAUUCUGUCGCAUUAUUGAAAUAUUGAUAUUGUGGUGAGGGAGAUGACAUCAGACAAUAUCUAUUGUACAAGGAAAGGAUCCAUCGUUUAGGGAGGAGUCCUGCUAUUGGGAGUAAGAGUGUGACGUGUCAUUGACAGUUUACAGCAUUCCACUUUUACGACUAAUGAAUGGGUCCCCAAGCCAAGAGAUGACACCCCGGUGGUGGAGUGGACAACAGCGGUAAAUAGUAUAGGGUAGUGCCCAGUGAUCUUUGUGAAUGAAGUUAAUGGACCAUGGGAAAGCAGCAGAGCAAGCUAGAUGGCACGGAAUUAAAAGAGCUGCUGGAUUGUACCUACUUUGACAAGAAAGAACUCCUGAACUGGUAUCGAGACUUCAUGAGAGACUGCCCUAGUGGAGUUCUGCAAAGGGAGGAGUUCCAUACAAUAUAUCAACAGUUCUUCCCAAAUGGUGACCCUACCAAAUUUGCCAGUUUUGUGUUUGAUGUUUUUGAUGCCAACAAGGAUGGUUACAUAUCCUUCAAAGAAUUCAUCUGUGCUUUGUCUAUAACAUCAAGAGGUUCACUUGAUGAAAAACUGGACUGGGCCUUCAGUCUCUAUGACCUGGAUAAUGAUGGAUUCAUCACAAAAGAAGAAAUGGUCAGUAUUGUGGAUGCUAUUUAUAGCAUGGUGGGAAAUCUUUUGGACCUCCCAAAGGAUGAGGACACACCAGAGAAGAGAGUGGAGAAGAUUUUCUCUCAGAUGGACACUAACCACGAUGGCAAAUUGACAAAGGAUGAAUUUCGAGAAGGUUCAAAGUGUGAUCCAUGGAUAGUUCAAGCACUGUCUACUCCAAGUAGAUAGAAGAUCCUAGGGGUGGUCAUUGCUCUUCAAAUUCUGACAAGUCAUACAACACAUGGAUCAUGUCUGACAGAUUAACAAUGUGUUCAAUAGUUAAUCAGAUAAAAACUUAACUGUGGUUUGAUCUUAAUGAUUUUGUACAGUUUGUGAUACAGUAUACAGGAUGCCUUUCCCCCUUUACUUGUGAUAUCUUAGUUUAAGGUUUUAGAUUAUUCAUUCAAUGUUCCUAGAAUACUUCAAAAUACAUUAUGUAGUUGUUUGGUUUUUGUAAAAGUUAUGUUACAGUUAAUCCAUACAAUGUUUUACUUGAGUGAUAGACUGCAUUUGACAAUGAUAUCAUCCUCAUCAUGCUUGUAGGGUCGAGGCCUGAACUGAACAAAACAGAUCUCUGCGUUUUACAAACUUUGCUACAGUAAUUUCUGUAUACACCAAGUGAAGAAUCUGAGACUUUGUCAUUGCUACGAUCAGUGUGUGAUGACAGUAUUAUUUGCUCACCUGAGCCAAUGAAGUCCGAGUUUGUGUGAUCGAAGUUUGUCCAUUGUCUGUUUUUGACUUCUUCUCAAGAAUUGUAGGGAGUUUUUACUGAACACGACACAACGUGUAUCCCUGGGUAACAAUCCUUUCCCAAGUUAAAAUACACAUGUAAUUAAACAAAUGGUGGAAGUGGAGUAGAUUCUCUUGAAUUGCUGACCAAAAAUGACAAAAACAAAUGUGAAAAAGUAGAUUUAAGUUUGUCAAAACUAAGGCAGUUCUACAGGAGAAAAUUAAAGUCUGCUAUAAAAUGAAGCACCAGCAUUUCAAACUGUUGUUUGAGGAAAUGUUUCCAUUGCUCAAACUAAGGUGCAUUGUCAAACAUUCACUCGACAAGAGUGAGUUCCCAAAUGAAAGAGUCUUUUGGUGUAUUUCAUGCAAAAUUAUCUUUUUUUCCCCAAAGCUCAACAGACACAAAGUCAUUUCAUUUCCAUUUUUGAUGAAAUUAACACCACAAACAGAAACAGCUUCUUGUCAUGAUUUUUGACCAAUCAUUGCAUGAAUAUAGUCAUGUAAACAUAAAGUUGCAUUUUUUGUUUGAAAAUUAUAUAUAUAUAUAUACAUGCAUAUAGAGAAUAAGUACAUUAAAAUGAAAGUUGUAUUAAAGUUUGUCAUCUUAUCUGCUGUAAUGUAAAUAUGAAAUCAUGAGAAACUGUUGGUGUUAUAUUUCAUCAAAAGAUGUAUUUGAGGACAUUUUCACCUUUGGGAUUCACUUUUGGCCCCUAAUACCUAUAUGGGCCACAAAAUUCUAACAAUGAAAUUUAUGAGGAAAAAAUUCUGAAGAACAACAAAGGCACAAUUUUUAAAAAUACACUUUUUUAUGAUAUAUAGAUUGAAGACUGUUAAAACCUGAGGGAAUAUCACUAGUAUAUGCAAAAGUUUGACAUAGGAUACAGGAAUAUUCUCAAGAAUGAAAAAGCCCAACUCCAUCAUAGUUACAUAUAGGUUUGAUUUUUAAUCUUUGAUAAAUUUUUUUCACAAUCUCCUCCAAACAGCAACACAGAAUUGUAUCAUUUCACAGACUAUUCUAUAAAUGCAUCAUAUAAUAUUAAUUUCUUAUUUGCAAAUGCACUAUAUCCUUUAUAUAAAAACUUGAGAAACAAUUUAAUGUCAACUGAACUAAUAAUAUUGUAUGUAUUUGCGUUGUUAAGCAACUCUUCUCAAUGUACACAUUUCCGCAUAUUUUAUUUAUUGUUUAUAGCAAUGUCAGCCACAUUUUUUAUUUCAUUGAAUUCAUUUCAUGUAUAAUUGUUCUGAUGACAACUGCCCUACAGUUGAAACCGGUCAACCAAAUAAACUUAACACUGCAUUCUCA